AUUCCGGGUCUGAGACCUAAUACUACGGUUCAGCUGACGAAUAACAAAAUCUUUUGUCUGAGGAGAGCUUCCGCCCGAUGAAGGACAUCCUCUCGAAGGGAGAUGGAGUCCUCCAUCUGGAGGACGUACUGGACAUCUGGACGGAAUAUGCGGUGCAUGAGGUGACCGUGCAUGAGGUGACCGUGCAUGAGGUGACCGUGCAUGAGGUGACCGUGCAUGAGGUGACCGUGCAUGAGGUGACCGUGCAUGAGGUGACCGUGCAUGAGGAUAUACUCAUGCACCUCCUCCCGGACAUUCGCAUCGCUUGA